CUCCCUCUUCUCCUCCUCCUCCUUCUCCUCCCCCUUUCUUCCUUUUUUCCUUCCCUCUCUCCCUCCCUCCCAGCCUCCUCAAGAGCCUACCCACAAUGCCCUGCAAACUGCAACGUAGCCGGAAGAUGGCGGCUGCGAUAUAGAUGUUAGGACCGCGGCUCCUUGGGCUCCUCCAGAGACUCCUCGCCUCCUAGGGCCCCGGCGGUGUCGGAGGCUCCGACCCCCCCUACCCCAACCCUCAGCCCGGCCGAGCCCUCCUGCUGCCUUCGGUUCCUGCAGAAUCAUGGCAAGUCCAAGAACAAGGAAGGUCCUUAAAGAAGUCAGAGCACAAGAUGAAAACAAUGUCUGUUUUGAGUGUGGUGCAUUCAAUCCCCAAUGGGUGAGUGUGACCUAUGGGAUUUGGAUCUGCCUGGAAUGCUCAGGGAAACAUCGAGGCCUAGGAGUUCACCUCAGCUUUGUUCGCUCUGUUACUAUGGACAAAUGGAAAGACAUUGAGCUCGAGAAGAUGAAGGCUGGGGGAAAUGCCAGAUUUCGAGAAUUCCUGGAAUCCCAAGAAGAUUAUGAUCCUUGUUGGUCAAUGCAGGAGAAAUAUAACAGCAAAGCUGCAGCUCUUUUUAGGGACAAGGUAGCUACGUUAGCAGAAGGAAAAGAAUGGUCACUUGAAACAUCUUCUGCUCAAAACUGGACUCCACCUCAGCCUAAAAUGGCUCUAUCCUCAGCUCACCGUACUUCUGGUCAAUCCCAAAAUACAGCUGCCUCUUCAGACAAAGCUUUUGAAGACUGGUUGAAUGAUGAUAUCAACUCAUAUCAAGGAGGCCAAGAGAAUCGCUACGUUGGGUUUGGUAACACAGUACCCCCUCAGAAAAAAGAUGAUGACUUUCUCAAUAAUGCCAUGUCAUCACUGUAUUCGGGCUGGAGCAGUUUUACAACUGGAGCAAGCAAGUUUGCUUCAGCAGCUAAAGAAGGUGCUACAAAAUUUGGAUCCCAAGCAAGUCAAAAGUUUUGGGGCUACAAGCAGCAACCAGAGCCGGCUUCAGAGUUAGGUCACAGUUUAAAUGAAAAUGUUCUCAAACCUGCACAGGAAAAGGUGAAAGAGGGAAAGAUUUUUGAUGAUGUGUCCAGUGGGGUAUCUCAUUUGGCAACCAAGGUUCAGGGGGUUGGCAGUAAAGGAUGGAGAGAUGUCACUACCUUCUUUUCAGGAAAAACAGAUGAACCCUCAGAAAGACCACCUGAGGGUGAUAGUUACCAGAACAGUGGAGGAGGACACUACCAGAACAAUGCUAUGGAUCAGAAUUUCUGGGAAACUUUUGGAAACUCAGAUCUCCCCAAGACCCAUAAAUCACCUAGCAGUGACAGCUGGACAUAUGCAGACAAUUCCACAGAGAAGAAGAGCUCAGAUAGCUGGGAUAUCUGGGGCUCAGGAACUGUCUCCAACAACAAAAACAGUAAUAACAGCGACAGCUGGGAGAACUGGGAAACCAACUGGGAAAGUGCUGGAGGGGAGGGCAAAACUACCAAGGCCCCAAAGAAGGCAGCCAAAGCAACAACAUCCUCUGACGAAGGAUGGGACAACCAGAACUGGUAGACCCAGUCUUGGCCACUGGAGGAGAGAAGCUCCCUGAAGGUUAUAGAUCAUCUUGUGCUUAGUCUUCAUUUCUCCUUAUAUCUGUUUUACCUGAGACAAAAAUAACCCAUGAAGCAAAGUGAGAUUCUCUUAGGUGAUUCAGCACGGCCAUUGCUCUCCAGUCAUCAAAGCUCUUUGCAGGCACCUGAACUUCCUUGAGUCACCAUUUGAAGCCAGAUGAUUUUCUUCAGGUGUCCUGCCCCAGAAACUUCCAGUUCAAGUGCAAGCACGUUCUUGUGGCCCCGUACUGCAUGUGCAAUUUUUUCUAGAAUUUCUUGUGCAGCCUUCAUUCUAAUGAUGUGUUAGAGUCCAGGACAGGACAAGGGGCAACAGAAAGAACUUCAGUUCUUUGAAUGCAAAAUGAAAGACAUUCAUUGAAAUGACAUUAAAUAAAGCAUCUUCCUGAAUUGUUAGGACUGGAUGAAAUUAUGUGAAAUGUUUUUGAUCUUCUAUGAAAUGUCUUUUUAAAUUGAAAUGCCUUUUAAGUUUAAAGGGUUUUGAAUUUUUUUCAUUGUUCUCUAGAAGGAAUUCCUAGAGUUGGAAAACUGAACAAUAUAGAAAGCAAUAUCAUGCCAACACUGACUGUUGGCCAUCCUGCCCCUAUUUGGAUGGCCAGAUAGUCACUGUUGCCUUUUUUCUGUCUCUUACCAUUUCAGAUGUAUAUGUCCAUUGUUCAAAUCCCUCAGGUUGAUAAUAUUUAUAAUGCAAAGCAACUCAACUUAAAACAUUAUUACUAAAGAGUAUUCUUCUGUCAUUCCUUUUUACCUUUCUACUCUAACUUGCUAACAUGAACUCUCCAAUUAGUAACUUUUUCCCUUAGCAUUUCUCACAGUACCUCAAAAUACUGAGAUCUUUUUACCACUGUCACUUCCAUCGAUUUGAACUUUAAAUCAGUGUUAAUACCAUAAAGGAAUUCAACUGGGACAAUAUCAAAAUGAAAGGAGCAAAAAUAAAAUACCAUCAAAUAAAAUGGCAGACCACUUUGGAUCCAAAUAUAAAUGUUAUUUUUAAUCUCCAUUCUGGCUCCAAAACUAGUUUCACUUUAUUUGUUGUGUAGCUAGUCAUUAGAAUAACCUCUGCUUUCUUUUGGUUCCUAGCUGCUUGCUCUGGGUGUAAGAAAUUAAUUGUGAUUUGGGGUUUCCAUCACCCCAUCUUUGCUUCAUUAUGGUCAGACUGAAAAGAUGUAAUCUUGAAAAAGCCUAAGAGAAGAUAGGUGUGUUCUUUAUUAUAACAAAAUUGCCCAAAAAGAAUAAUUUUAUAGGGAAAUGUACCAGAGAAGCAGAUUUUUAUUAUCCCAAAUAUAUCACUGUGCUUUUCUCUAGGCAUCCUACAAAUUUUCUUUACUGUUUCAGUGUUAAUGUAGCUUUUUUUUUUUCUUUAAUCAGUUUUGGAACUCACCUGAACCUCUAAUCAUGGUGCCAUGGAUGAAAAUCCUCCUCAGAAAAUGUGACACCUUUUUAAACCUUUAACUGACUUUCAUAGAAUUUUUACACUCCCUAGGGGGGUGAUAUUUAUUAUCUACACAAGUUUGUUCAUGUUAACUUUUUGGUAUUGAAAAAUUUGGUCAAAAACCACAAAGAAGGAUUCUUUUUGGGGGGCAGGGGAAUAGUGUGUGUGGGGAUAUUUCUUUCACAUCAUAAUUGUACUAUAUCUUGGUCACCUAGGCAGUGUCAGCAUUUGAAGAUGGAAAAAUUAUACUUUGCAUAUUUGAAGUUGGCACCAUUGCUUGUCACCACACCAUAUUUCCUGGUUUCAAGUUAACAUUUAACCCUGCAUGUUUUUAUUUUUAUUUUAAUUUUCUUUUAUUUUUCUAAUGGUUUUUCCUUUUAUGAGUGUCUCCUAUGUCUGCAGUUAUUGAAUCUUCUAGUGAGCUAUUUUACUUGUCCAUAUGGGAAUUUUAUUCGGUUUAAAUGUAGUAGUUUAACUGAAAUAUUACUUCUUUCCACCUCCUCUGUAUUCUUCUACAUGGAGACCUCUUUUAGACAAGGAACAAAAUAGAUCUUAACAAAAGAGAUCUGUAUUUUGAUGAUAGGAAUUUUGUCAUGAUGGCCAAGAUUCUCUGCUCUUUUAGGAAUGCCUAGACUUUUUUUCAUCCAUCCUGUCAUUGUAUUCUGAAGACUCCACAGUUUAAUUGCAUGUUAACAUGAAAUAAUUUGAUUGAUUGUCCGUUAAUCUUUUUGCAUCAACUUUUACCUCUGUCACUUGUCAUCUGCGGAUUUUUGAAACGGUAGUGCAUGUAAUCUGAAAGCAUCGUUGUCUAACUUAAAUAUGAAAAUUUUUUCCCCUUUCUUGACUUAGCAGUAUGUGUGUGUAUAUGUGUGUGUAUAUAUAUAUAUAUACACAUAUAUAUGUAUAUGUAUAUAUAUAUAUACCCACACACAUAUAUAUAUAUAGUAUGAUGGUAGCAGUAUUUAUGUCAACAGAAGUCACUCAAUGGAUUGGGUCAUCUAAAUUGUUGGAAGGUAUCACCUCAAGUGAUCCAUAGACAUUUUGGCUUUCUGUAUGCUCUCUUAUUGUUGGAUUUUAUCAAUCAUCUUCCUAUAUCAAGAUAGACUUUUAGAUGACAAAAAUCUCUUGCAUGUUCUUUUUGUUUUAACAUUCCAUUUCUUUAUCCUUUUGUGCUUAUGUUAAUAUUUAGGCCCAUCCGUAACUAUUUCAUAUUUCUAGGAUUUGUGUAAGUCAAAUUCAGUUCAUGAAGGGGAAUAUUUUUAACCCAUACCUCAGCGAAGCACAACUUUAUGAAAGUGAAAUUUUUCUAGCAAGAAAGUAUUCCUGAAGCUCACAGCUCCAGGAGGUAUGGUUGGCAGUCACCGAGUACUGCUGUAAGUGUUUGUUCAAAUAGCAUUUCAAAGGCAUGUAUGAAUAGGCUGGUAAUAAAACAAGUCAACUUUCAGUUUAGAAAUUUGUGUGUGUUUUUAAAACAGGGUGAAACUCGCAUUUCUUCUGUCCAAAAAGAGUAAUAGUUAGGAAGAGGAAUAAAAUCUCUUGUUGGACAUUGAGAAACUUUUGCCAUUGGAAGUCUUUUUAAUGACCUGGGUGAAAUAAGUCAUAAUUCUAUUUCAGUGCCUGGUAAGGAUAUUACAUUCUCCAGGGGAAUUAUUUGCUCUUAUUAGUACAUCUUGUCCUUUUGGAUUAAGUGAUCAUGGGGGUAAGGGGGGGGGGUUCGUGGUCUAUCUUGAUACCAAUCCCAUGGUGAUAGGAAAACACUUCUACUUGUUUGGCAUCUGUUCUCCACAAAAUCAAAAUUGGUAUAUUGAGCUGAGAUGAAAAAGUAUAGUUUAAAGGCAGUCAAGGAGACUUUUACAUAGGUGACUAUUACUCUCCAUAGACCGACUUUUAUACUUUGAAGACAUAAGUAGCAGCUUUCUGAAGGCAUCUUGGAGGAAGAACAAACUGGAGGAGUUCAAGUAAUUGAACCACCACUUGUGGCACCUCUGGCUUCCAGUGUUCCCAAAACCAGAAUGCUAUAGAAGAGCCAUGCCUUUUAAAAUUGGCUUUAGCUUUUGUUGCUGUGGUUUUGCCUUAGCUCUUGAAUUUUACAAAGUUGUUUUUUGGUUUUUAUUUUUAUUUCCCCCCCAUCUUUUGGUCUUGAGGAUAACAUUGCUGCUUUUUUUUUUCCAGUCCAGACUUUGUGACAUUCCUCUGGUAGGUGAAGAAUUUAUGUUAUGAUUGUAAUAAUUGUGCAAUAUCUUAAUAAGUGUGAAUGAAUUUGCCUUUCUUAUCUAAUCCAGAAAGUAAAAUUUUAAGGUGCAUUCUCCCUUUUUAAGAUUAGAGUAGUAGUCACCUCACUUUCAAACCUGUGUUGUUCCUCCGGAGGAAAGUUUGAAGGAAUUCCCAUAAGCAGUCAAAAAGUGGAUUCCAGAGCCAGUUUAAAGAAUGCUGUAAUAGAGUGGUCAAAUGUGACCUUCAUUGUACAUCAAAGAAAACAGCUCUUUCUCUAUUAGUUGCAGAUGUUUUUACACAUGCUAUCCAAGAGAAAGGGAGACUGUAUCUUUAAUUUUCUUGACCUGUUUUUUGUGGUGUUUUAAGGAUUUGGAAAUUUCAGUGACUGGUUAUUCUGUUCUAUAAAAAUGGUAUUGGACUUUAAACUGCCAUGUCAUCCUUUAAAUGCGCAUUACAAUAAAGCAAAGAGAAAUGGA